CAACUUGCUCCAGAGUUGUACUCGACACCGUCUCGGAGAGGAGGGGAUCGUAGAUGCAGCCGAGCGUUACGCGCAGGGAAAGAGUCGCCGUGGACCUUCAGUGAUUAUAUAGCGGUGAUCCCGUUCGAGGCACACAACACUUCACUUUAUUAUUCCCACCUCUCCGCAAAGUCAGAAAAGAAGAAUCCUGCGGCGCUGGGGAAAGGCGACUUCCGUACCCUUCUCACCUGAGGUGUCCCCUUACCUCCACCUGGCUGGGGGACUGAAGGAAAAGCACCUGACAGACUCGAAGGGCUCUGCCUGGGGCCACGCGAGAGCUCACUUAUAAAGAGGAGACGGACAUCAUCAACCAUGGAGGUCUGCGCUAGUUCCAGGAAACUUACUUGGCUUUCUGUCGCCUUUCUGUGGGGUAUCUCAGGAAUACUGGCCGAGCUCCAGAUGCCCCAAACCAGUAUAGAUGUGAUCAAGGGCCAUAUGGCCGUGCUGAGGGCCUCGUACAACCCAGUCGGCGAUGUGAACACCAACACCGUUGUCUGGAACCUUAUCACUGGGACAACUAAUAAUGUCAUCUCCUACACCAAAGACAACAUGAUUGUGGGCAACAACUUCAAGGGUCGCGUUGGUUUCAUCAAUGAAAUGCCCUCAAAUAAUGUAUCUCUGUACAUUAAUGACACCCGGGAGACCGACUCGGGACGGUACUUCUGUCAGGUCGUAGGUCCACCGGAGGUAAUCACUGCUGAACUCACUCUGGAUGUGAAAGUCCCACCUGCUGUUCCUAAGUGUUCUAUAUCAGGGAAGCCUGUGUUGAAGGGAAAUGUGACUCUCAACUGCAAGUCCAGUGCUGGGAAACCUAUCCCUAUGUACAAAUGGAGGAAAACCAGCCCCACCUCUGAGGUCUUCUUCUCACCCAUGCUCAAUGAGAACACCGGCACCUUGAAGCUGAGCAAUCUGAGCAGUAACAUGUCGGGAAAGUACAUGUGCACAGCCAGCAACUCAGCCGGAUCAGAGAGCUGCUCCAUCAACCUGGAGAUCAUCUCCUCCACCAAUGUGGGGAUGAUUGUCGGCGCCACAGUGGGCUCGGUGGUCGGCUUCAUCUUCCUCCUCCUCCUCUGCUUCUUUUUCCUGAUGAGGAGGCGGAGAGAAAACGAAGACGACAUGGCCAAUGAAAUCAAGGAGGAUGCUCAGGCUCCCAAACGUGUCUCCUGGGCUAGGAGCGGUAUGGGCUCUGACAUCAUCUCCAAGAACGGGACGCUGUCCUCCAUCGCCUCCAGCCCCCGCCACAAAGAGCCCCCCCUCCAUCACAACAACCACCACCACCUGCAGAAGUACCCCCAGCGCGCCCCCUCGGAUACCGCCUCCAUCAUCACCGCGACGGGCAGCACAGCUGGUUACAGGCCGUCCCGCCAACAAGGCGCCUCCACCCCCACCCAUUACAGCUACAACAACAACACCACCCUGCCGCGCGGACAGCCCGUCUCCUCCGAGCCCAGCACCAACGGGAACUCCCUAUCUGGGCCGGAGCGCUACUCCCAGCUGCCCCAGGCCCAGGUGCUGCCACAGACUUACAGCCAACCCCACCUGCAGAUGAAGGCCACACCCUCCCCUCCGCCCCUGCCCAACUCCAUGAUCACAACCUCCAACAUCUCCCGCAUGGGAGGGGUGCCCAUUAUGGUGCCUGCACAGAACCAGGCCGGGUCUCUGGUCUAACAGCAUCCAGCGUUGUCCAGAAACAGUGGAAAACUGUCCCUUUAGGAUUUCACAAGGGGUCAACUGCUGAUUUUUAAAAAGGGAACGCUUUACUUAAAUACUAUUUAGCAAAGAAUUACAGUAGAGGAAAAUGUCACUUGCUUUCAAGCCAAGAAGCUUUCAUGAGACUGGCAGAUACACAGUUUACCUGCUUUAAGUAUACUGUAUUAUGUCUUUUAUAUUCUGUAUGCACUGUAUACAAUGCAAACUGUGUGUAGAUAUUCUUUUCAUACAUUUGUCCAGUAUCAUCUUUUCUACUUUAUCACUAUUGCUAAUGUGUUUGUUUUUAUAUCAAUAUAUAUUUAAAUGUAAUCUUUCAAAUGUAGUAUCUCUCUAAAAAAACAAAUGAUACCUGAUGAAAGACUCAUCAGGACCAAAAUAGUUAAAGCACAUUUUGCCACAACUGUUGAGAGGGUUAAAUGCAUACAUACAGGUCUGCGUGAGGAUAUUUCGGCAACAUACUCACGAAAAGAAAGAGAAGACAGCAUUAUGUGUUUGACAUUCAUAUGAUAAAGUUUGGCAUCGCAAAGUA